UUCCAAAGCCCAAGCAGCACAUCGCUGCCUGUCUUCCCUCUGGCCUUGCAGCAUAGCGAGCCUGAUCUUGGUGAUGGAAAGGAGCAGCUGCCCCGAUCCUUCUGACAAAAGGGUUGCUGUUGUCACCGGAGGGAACAGAGGAAUUGGGCUGGAGGUGUGCAGGCAGCUGGCUUCCAGGGGUGUCAUGGUGAUCCUGACGGCAAGGGACGAGAAAAGGGGCUCAGAAGCAGUGGAGAAACUUCAUGAGUCUGGGCUGCCCGAUGUUCAGUUUCACCGGUUGGAUGUCAGCGAUCCAUCCGGCGCUGCUCGUCUGGCUGAGUUCAUCAGGGAGAAGUUUGGCAGGCUAGAUAUACUGAUCAAUAACGCAGGAGUUAUUGGUGCAAGUGCACUGAUCGAUACCACAACACCAAUUCAGGAAAUGCUCGUAGGCAAGAGCGCAAUGGAGAGGCUCCAAUGGUUGCUGCAGCGCUCCACGGAGAGCUAUGAGGAAGCAGAAGAAUGUCUGACAAUAAACUACUUCGGCACCAGAUAUGUGACCGGAGCACUUCUCCCUAUCCUUUUAUCAUCCUCUGACGGACGGCUUAUCAACGUGUCAUCCAACUACGGACUCCUCCGUUAUUUCAGCGGCGAAAAUCUUAAGCAGGAGCUGAGCGACGUUGACAAUCUGACAGUAGAGAGGCUGGACGAGAUGUCUGAACUGUUCCUGAAAGACUACAAGAACGGCCAGUUGAAAUCUAACGGAUGGCCUGACGAUUCUGAAUACCUGGCCUACAAGGUGUCCAAGGCUCUGAUCAAUGGCUACACCAGGAUAAUGUCGAAGAAGUACCCGGAGUUGCGCAUCAACAGCGUGCACCCUGGCUACUGCAAGACCGACAUCAACUUUGACACUGGCGAGUACACCGCAGAGAACGGUGCCAGUUGCGUUGUUUCGGUGGCCCUAUUGCCGGAGGGAGGCCCGACAGGUGUGUUCUUCUUCCGCACAGAAGAAGCACCAUUUGUGUAACACAUGAAGGUUCUCUCAAUCAUGUAAUAAAUGCGGUAGCAUCGUGCUUAGAAUUGUGUCUGCUAGUAUUUCAUAACCCUGUCAGUUCGCAUUGCCACUCUUCGGUUGGUGAUAGAAAACAGUUGAGCAGGCAAGCAAUAAAAGACUGCUUGUAAGGACAAUGUUG